AUGGCAUGCAACAAAAAGCUUUGGGGACAUGGUUGCCAGCCCAACACCUCUGAACUAGGAACUGCAUGCCAUGAGCUCGAUGACCGCUUCACCAGAACUAUGGCAGACGAGGGACACUCCCCGGAAGGACACACAAGAAGAAUCUUCGUCAAGUCUAAUGGCACUACCAUUUUCAACGGUCUCUUCACUCACCCCAGCAUGGACGACGUGGCUACCAUUGUCAAUGCUAUUCUGGCCGUGAGGCAAUACAUUCCUGAGUUGAGAAAUGAGGCGCAACCUUGGUCAUGGGUGAUAUUUUGGUCAACACUACUCAGCUUAAUAGCCCUCAAAUACUAUCACUGA